GUCUUCGCACGCUGGCGUGCCAGGCCGCGCAUGCGUUGAGGGCGCCACGACCCCGCGAUGGCCCCGGUAGAGUUUGGGGAAGUCGCGCGGUGCGUCCGCCUCACCUACAGUAGGUGCCGGGGGUGACGGCCGUGGCGGCCUUGGGCGGAGUCUGGUAAAGAGCACCGGGGGAGUGUUUGGAGCCGGGGUAACCGAGAAAGCUCGUGGCUCGCUGAGUGGCCCGUGGCGGUCGGCUACCCUCUCUGCCUAGCGAGGGCUUUUCCACCCGGACGUUGCCAUUCGUCACCUGCCGUACUAGUUGCAACCCUCAUGCCACGUCUGCAGAAAUAACCAUAACCUUGCUGCCUGUUGAGGCUGUUUAUUGAGGGCCCACUGAGUCCCGAGCGCUGUGCAUAAUUAGCUUCAAUUCUUACAUCUCUGCAAGUUUCUGGACCAGCAGAGCUGAGGGUACCUAAGCUUGUGCUGAGGUGACUCUACUGAGGUCAGCCCCAUGGCUAUUCCACGUGCUUCAAAUGAAACUUCCUAUUUGCUGCCUCCAAACAAGGAAGACUGGGAAGGGCAUGGCAUUCCUGACUUUGUCUAUGGGCAGGAGGAACUCGUGAUGGAAGGGGUUCAGUGGCCAAGGGGCGCGCUCAGCCUCCUGAACACGCCACCACUGUCUCACUUUGACUCUGCCCUCUGCUCGGCCUGGAGGCAGCGGAUGGAGCUGGGGCUUUUCCGCUACCCACUGGGGGCGCUGCCAACCCAAACCCUGCCUGGGACCGUGGGUUUUGUGGCUCAGCUGAACGUGGAGCGAGGUGUGCAGAGAAGGCGCCCCCAGAACAUCAAGAGCGUGAGGCAGGAGUUUGACCCUGAACAGUUUAACUUCAACCAGAUCCGGCCGGGAGAGGUCCUUUUCCGUCUGCACGGGAAGCGGGAUUGCCCCGGCACUGUCCAGCAAGAGGACAUCCUGGUGGUGAUCAACGUCAGCCCCUUGGAGUGGGGCCACGUGCUGCUGGUGCCCGAACCUGCCCGAGGGCUCCCCCAGCGCCUGCUGCCCGGGGCACUGCGGGCUGGGGUCGAGGCUGUGCUGCUGAGCUCACACCCAGGCUUCCGCGUGGGCUUCAACAGCCUGGGCGGCCUGGCCUCGGUGAACCACCUCCACCUGCAUGGCUACUACCUGGCCCACCGGCUGCCCGUGGAGGGGGCCCCCAGUGAACCCCUGGACCCUCGGGGCCGUCUGCAUGUGCUCCAGGCCCUCCCAGCUCCGGGCUUCCUCUUUUACACCAGUAGGCCAGGGCCUGACUUGGAAGCCUUGGUAAGCAGGGUGUGUCGGGCCACUGACUACCUGACUGACUGUGACAUUGCGCAUAACUUGUUUGUCACCCGGGGGGCCCCACCUGGAAAGACAUCAUCUUCCUCAGCUCUCUCGGGAGUCCGGGUCAUUCUGUGGCCCCGGAAGCCCAGCUUUGGGAUAAAGGAAGGUGAGGCAUUCAACGUUGCCCUCUGUGAGCUGGCUGGGCACCUCCCGGUCAAAACGGCCCAGGACUUCAGCAGCCUGACCGAGGCGGCAGCUCUGGCCCUCAUCAGAGAAUGUCUGCUGCCCCCAGCCCAGGCAGAAGACGUGCAGGCGGCGCUGGUGGCCUUGAUAGGCCAGGAGGAACAGUAAUCCUCCCAGCAGUAUUUAUUCUUAACUGAUCUGGAGAACUGUCCAUCGUGGUGCUGUGGGCGCAUUCAUGAAUGCCUUCUCACUGCUUUCAGCAUAAGGGGAGGGAUAAAGAACUGGUAAGUGGUCUCUUUAAAGAGGGAGAUUGUUGGAAUAAAUGGCAUGAAUGAGCCCUCUUGGAUGUAUCUGCCGCUUUUCACCUUGCUUCUUGGACAAGUCCCAGGGAUGUCAAACCUGUUACUAAGAAGGGAGUAUGUACAGGAGUUACACGCUCCUGACUCUGUAUGCUGACUUUUCUUUAAGUGUUAGCAAAGUAAUAGUUUAUCACUUGUUCUAUCUUGCCUCUGCUGGUCCUGCCUGUGCCCACCACGCAGCUGUGUUUCUUCAUUCUGCUCCUGUAUUCAUCCCCUCCAUCCAUAUACUGUAUUUGUAGGACAUAUUUUGCCUACCUGGGCACCUCAAAUUUUCCUCCAGCCCCAGUGCUGAGCUAAGUGUUCUUCACAUACAUUAUUUCAUGUGAGAACAAGGUGUCUUCACAACUUGAGCGUUGCAGGUCCUUUUAAUAGCUGCAUUUAGCAGCUAUUGAAGAGAUGGAGGCUGAGAGAAGUUUAGUAACCCAUCCAAGGUCAUGUAGCUCAAAAGUAGUGGAGUCAGGAUGGCAACACAGGCAGUCAAGACACCAUGAAGCUGAGCUGGGGCUGUGCACCUGUGACCAUCAUUUUAAUAAAGUCUUCUUGAGAUGAGGCAGAAUACGCAUCACAAUCCAUUUCAUAAGAAAGUUUAACUGAAACUCCUCUGAACAUUUUGGUCACCCUCAAUAUGCCUGUUUUUGGCAACUGCACUAAUUUUAGCUCAGUGCCUCUCUCUACAAGCCUUUGCAAAUACAGGCUCUAGAAAGAUCACUUUAUUUUGCUUGCUUACUCUCUGAAGGGAGUGCAGUGACCAUUAUAGCAAAGUGGACUUUGAGUGCCUAAGGUGGUAGGUCCAAAUACCAGGAUUUCCCUAGCUUUCCCUUAGGACUGAUAUUCAGAGGAAGGCCUUCUUCUGGCCCCAAAUAAAUCUUUACACAAAAAUUAAAAGGUUUUCUUUAUGGUUGUACUUCUUAGCCAUGUGUACUUUGUGAAUGAUCAAGAAAGGGAUUUAUGGAAGCCUUCUCUAAGGUUAAAUAUGGAACAUUUAGGAGCUGCUUUGUACCCAGGGCCCUGGGCUUUGAGCACAGUAGGAAGGUAAGAAGGGGUGAUCCAGCUCAGGACCUCUCCACCUCUUUGCUUGCUUUUUGUUUGUUUGUAUGUUUGUUUCUUGCUUUUUGAUGGAGGGUCUCUUGUCCUAAGGGUGUUGGACUUGAGCUAAUGGGAAACCUUGAAGAGUUUUAAAUUGAGGGGUAACCAAUUUGCAUUUUAGCUGUGAUGGAUGGAUGAAUGAAGGAGGGAAGACGGAAUCCAAUUAAGAUCCUGCUGAAUGCUGGCAAUUCAGACAAGCAAUGAUGAUAGUUCAGGUACUAGAACAAAAUAUUUGUCUAAAAAGUGAGAAAAGUGCACAUCCUGCAAGGCAAGGGACUCCAAAAGAUUUAAGAAGGAGGUAAUAGAGUAUCAUAUACUGAAGGAGGAUCCAGAAAUCUAGGAAUCAGGAAAUGUCCAUGUCUUUUUAAAGGAGAGACAUUUUUAAAGUGUCCUUUAGAUGUAGGCACAUGGUAUAAUCUUAAAGUGACAAAUUUGGGCUGAGUUUGGCGGAGGUAGCAAUCAGAAGUCAGAGUGGGUGCACCUCAGGAAGAGAUGGUGAUGGUGAAGGAACAGUCUGAUGAGCACCUGAAGGGCAUGUGUGCUAAUCACGGCUGUCCCUCCCGAGUGCUGAGACCAUCCAAAAUGUGGUUACUAAAAACAUUGAAGGAAGGCAAGCAGAUAUUCGUCCCGAACACUGAGUUGGCCUAAUUUCAGGGGUUUGCCCUGCAGGUUCAGGAAAGGAUGGGGGUGGGACUUUUGUGAACUGGUGUGAAAAAAGAAGGAUAAGUCCUGUCAUGCACUGGGUCAGCUGUGGCAAGAAUCCACUCUUGAGUGCAGUGUGCCUGAUUGCGUUUCCACUGCUUGCUCCAGGAGCAAGGAGGAGGUCCCAGAGGCCCAGCAACACCUGGGAAAGAGCAGGAGCUGGCCGAAGGGCCAUCAUGGGCUACCAGCUGAGUCUAGCACUGGGCCGAUAGGUCUUCAGCUCUAUUUUUCAAAGUGAAGGUACCCCUAGUGCUCCCAGCGAUCUCCUGUCACAAAGAAAGCUCAGGUCACAGCCAGCUCAGCUCCUGCACCCCAGAGUGCUGUAUGGAGUGAUGUUGGAUGAGGGGCUUAUCAGCAAACCUAACAUUGCACAGCCCCCCCCCCCCACCCCAGACCCCAAACCUAGUGGAAAACAUCCCAUUCUGUAGUGGAUUGUUCUGUCCUUAAGGAACAUCCCCUUAGAACACCACAAAGG